AUGACAGACAGCAAGAAAAGCUAUGUCAAGAUCAGUGGUCUAACAAUUAAAGAAUGCAGUCAACAUAGAAAAACAUGGAGUCCAAAAUAUGGAGAGAAACUGCUUUUAGCAUGUGAGGACCUUAAUGAUACGUCAAGAACAACAACAGAUGUAGAGGUCAGGGUGUUUGAAGUGCUGCGGACAGAUAAUGGACAGACAGUGGGCCAGGCACCAAGUGGAUUAUGCUCGUAUUUUAGCAGUUUUCUAAAAGAGGGCGGGCAUAUUACAGCUGAAGUAACAAAUACAAAAUUUAAAACAUACGAUAAUGUACAGGAGAUUAAUUGUGACUAUAUACUUCAAGGACCAUACAAUCCUGCCACCGAGAAGAUUAUAAAUGAUCUUAAACAAGCACUACAGGGACCUGGGUUUGAGCUGUACAGUCCAACAUUGAUAUUUAGAGAGGAUGAAUAUUGUUGUUAUUUUCACCAUGCUGUGUCAAAAGCACCUGAUUUGGAGGCAAAGUGCAAGGCGAUGUCAAAAUACCCGAAGAGAAUACGGACUCGAGCACCCUGCACUCCUCAUACGUCAAACGUGGAUCCUCGAUGUAGUUAUCACGAGAACUCCACGUUACAGAGGAAACACGUGACUGAAACAACUCAACUUGUUACUACAGAUAAUGUUCCGAAAUAUUUGACAAGACAGAGAUCAAGAAAGAUAAUCACGUCCCCAGUUUCUGCAUCAUGUCCGGCUGAAUCUGUCUGUGCACCACUAAAUCAAGAUUCCACACCACUAGAUCAAGAAUGUACAUCACUAGAUCAAAAUUCUAUAUCACUAGAUAAAGUUUCUACAUGUACACCACUAGAACAAGUUUCUACAACACUAGAUCAAAAUUCUACAGCACUAGAACAAGGUCCUAUGCCUAUGGAACAAACAGUUUCUACCGGACUAGAAGAAAUUCCUACACCACUCGAUCCAAAAAAUGAAACACAGAAAAAUGCUGAUGUGUUACCCGAGGAGCUUGAUAAUGAUCCCUGGACCAGACAGAUAUAUGAAAGUUCUUUAGAACAAGGACAGGAAGUUGAUUUCACAAUGAGGCUCAUGAUUAUUGGUUGCUAUGGACAAGGCAAAACUUCACUUGCUAAAAGAUUAAUGGGUCAGUCGGCUGAAGGUGUUGAAACAACAAACGGUAUUGAAGUAAAUAAAUGUGAAAUUUUAGACGAAGGAUUCAAAUGGGAACAAAAAGUUACUGAAGAUGCAGCCACGGAAUGUAUCAAGCGUCUAGUGUCAAUUUCCAAAUCAAAUUCAUCAGCAUCAUUGAAAAGCUUGAAUACAGAUGAAGAGAUGGACAUGUCUAAUGAAAUAGAUACUCAGUCUGAUAAAGUUGAGGAUGAAAAUGUUGUAACUGAUAUGGAUAUUGAUACUAAUUCUUGUGUGGACUUGAAAGUAAAAAGAGAAGGUUGUUUGAAAUUUAAGGGAACAAAUAAGGCAAGAGUAGAGAAAGAACAAGACAAGAUGGAUUCUGAUAAAACUAAAAUUUCCACAAAUUCUGCAAGAAAGAGAAUUGAUUCGGCUAAUGUUAAAAGGUUUUCUACAGAACUUCGUAAAUCUAUCAGUUUUGAGAAACAAAGUUCAAAAGAGAACACUAAAACUCUUAGCAUUUGGGACUUUGGUGGACAGUUUGUAUACUAUGCGACUCAUCAGUUAUUUCAUUCCAGACACGCUAUUUAUCUUCUUGUAUUCAGUUUGAAUGAAAGCCUUGAUACCGUGAUUACAGACAACGAAAAACCGAGAACUGUUAAACCGAAAACUAUGAAGGAGUACAUAAAGUUCUGGAUCAGUUCAGUACAUUCUUUCGUAGGAAAUAAUCAAGGUACGGAACCAACUGUGAUAUUAGUAGGAACCAAAAAAGAUUUGCUCAACCCUGAUGUGGAUAUUGAACAAAAAUUCGAAGACGUAAGAAAACUUUUUGACGGGAGUAAAAUGCUUCAUCACUUGUUACCGGACCAUUUUGCAGUCUCAAAUUUUGAGGAAUCUAGUAAAGAAAUAACAAAACUAUGCGAAUGUGUAAACUAUCUAAUACAUAAUAAGUGUCAAAAUAACUUAAUUUCUGCUCGAUGGAUUCCGUUGGAACGAAAAUUGAAGGAGAACCGUGACCUGAAGAUUGUAAACUUCAAGACGGUAUUAGAAUAUAAUAAUGAUAAUGAAGUUCCCGUAGAGGAUGAAGACGAGGUAAAAUUAUUUCUCAAGUAUCAUCAUGCUCGCGGCACUUUCUUUUAUUUCGAUGAUGGAGAAGCAUCGCAAGUCGUAUUGGAACCGCAAUAUAUUGUCGACGCUUUUAAAUGUUUACUCACUUCGGAACGAUUUUGUAUCGUGCGACCUAGUUUAAGGGAGUCUUGGCACAAACUUUGCGGCAAAGCCAUCCUCGAUCAAGACCUUCUACAUGAUGUAUGGGGUAAAGAUCCACAGCUAGAUUUCUUGAAGUUUGAGGAUGUUUUGAUAUUCUUUCUAAGAAAGCAUCGAAUAAUCGCAGAAGCUUUAAAGUUUGAAGAUAGUAACACUACUGUACAUCCUGAAUCGCUGGGAUUCUUUAUUGUACCUAGCCUUCUUAGUAAGCCAGACGAAGGCCUUAUAGAAACAUUCAUGAAAGGAAAAGAAAGGACUCAAGUCUCCAUUGUAUAUGUUUUUGAAAAUGAAUCGGUCAUACCAACUUUAUUUUACAAGGUGGUGGCGGCUGCUUGUGGUCAGUGGCCUCUCAUUGAAUUUCUAAACGAACCAUUGAUUUUCGAGAAUGCUGUAUUAUAUAAACUGAGCCUCGAUCAAGCUGGUUUAUUAAAAAUGGAUCGUAACACCAUUGAAAUACUAGGUAUAGGACUAUGUCCACCACACAAGGUCAAUGUUAAAGACUGCGACAUGUUUAGAAGGUUUGUUGAAAUGGUUAUUGGUCAAGAAUUUAGAAAAUUCCGUGACAACUGCUCUACAGAUGAAGAGCAUAGCAUGUAUACACAGUCAAUACGAUGCUACCAUAAAACCCACGGCAUGAUGGGAAGUAAAAACACAGUAGAUCUUGAAUCUCUUAAACAAGCCAAUAAAAGACGAACUGGCUGUCCGGAUCACGAAAAUCAUUCCCUGCGUGGAAACAAGAUUGUAAAAGAGUGGUACAAAAUUGGUAUCGAUACACGUUCAAUUCCCCAGCGACGACUGAGAAAAUGUGAAUUAAGCGAAAUAUCGAUGAUGAUGGAAGAGAACUGGCAGCAUCUUGGUAUACAGUUAGGUUUUGAUAAAGGGGAAAUUGAGCAGAUUGAUAUGAUUACUAGAUUAACCACAUCUAUGAAGAUCUUUGAAAUGUUAAGCCGGUGGGAUAAUAGGGAAAUUGAAAAUGCGACUCUGAAUGUUCUAAUAGCUGCUAUGAAUAAAUGCAAGAAAGUUUUAAAAACGGACAAAGAUGUUCUGAGAAAUAUAAUAGAUAAUUUUGAUAGCUAAAGGCGCCUGCUUGCCUGGACAAGGGUCACAUUAGCUUGCCUGGACAAGGGUGAACAUUACAGUGUAUCAGGAUCUGUGAUAGUGGGUUUGAGUUCACCUGGAAUAACAACUAUGUUUUUUCCUGGUAGGCCAGUACAGGAGUUAUGUUUAACUUAUAAUCUGAUCUUUCUGUUUUUCCGUUAAAUAAUUAUGCUCAUAUAUUUGAACUUGUUUACAGUUGAGGCAAAUAUUUGAACUUGUUUACAGUUAAGGCAAAUAUUUUAACUUGUAUACAGAUGAACAAAUAUUUAAACUUGUUUACAGAUGAGGCAAAUAUUUUAACUUGUUUACAGAUGUGGGAAAUAUGUUAACUUGUUUACAAAUGAGGCAAAUAUUUAAACUUGUUUACAGAUGAGGCAAAUAUUUUAACUUGUUUACAGUUGAGGCAAAUAUUUAAACUUGUUUACAGAUGAGGCAAAUAUUUUAACUUGUUUACAGAUAAGGCAAAUAUUUAAACUUGUUUACAGAUGAAGGAAAUAUUUUAACUUGUUUACAGAUGAGAGAAAAUAUUUUAACUUGUUAAGUCUUGUAUACAGAUGUGGGAAAUAUGUUAACUUGUUUACAGAUGAGGCAAAUAUUUAAACUUGUUUGCAGAUGAAGGAAAUAUUUUAACUUGUUUACAGAUGAGAGAAAAUAUUUUAAGUUGUUUACAGAUGUGGGAAAUAUGUUAACUUGUUUACAGAUGAGGCAAAUAUUUAAACUUGUUUACAGAUGAAGAAAAUAUUUUAACUUGUUUACAGAUGAGAGAAAAUAUUUUAAGUUGUUUACAGAUGUGGUGAAUACCUAAACUUGUUUAUAGACGAGGCAAAUA